AUGUCCAUGAAGUUCUCUCGCGACUGCGACGCGUGCGACGGCGACGGCCCGUGCGAGUACUGUGCCGUGGAGUUCACUCUCAACGUCAAGUGUACGGGAGAUGAAACGCUGGACGUUACAACUCAUGAUUUGAUUCCAUCAUCGAGUGAUGACAGUGACGACGCUGUCCUUCCUGUUGAUUGCACGAGACGAAUUGAAGGGGAGGACGGCGAGGAGAAGGGAAUUGUGAUUCUAAAGCUGAGGAAAGGCCAGGAGAUCCGCCUGCGUGCGAUCGCGCGCAAGGGCCUGGGGAAGGAUCACGCCAAGUGGUCGCCGGCGUCGCCAGUGACGUUCAUGUACGAGCCAGAGAUCACCAUCAACCACACGCUCAUGGAUGGCAUGACCCUGGACGAGAGGCGCGAGUGGGUGGACUCCUGCCCCACGCAAGUGUUCGGUAUCGAUGAACAUGGACAGGUUUAUGUCGAGAAUGCGGAGCUGUAUGCGUAUGAUGAUGAGGUAAUUGUCAAAGCAGAGGAGUUGGGCCGACCCGGUCUUGUGGAGAUUCGGCCACGUCAGGACAGCUUCAUUUUCACGGUUGAGUCGAGCGGAGCUUUAUCUGUAGAGAGAAUGAUUUUGGAUGCCAUAGAGGUUCUUCGGCAAAAGAUUGAGGGAGUGAGGCUGUCAGGGGACGGGGAUGAGGGUGAUGAUGAUCAUUUGGCCACGUUUAUGCGCCGUGGUUAG